AGCCUUUGGACUCUGGAAUAUAGCACACUGCACGAGAAACACAAACAUUUGAAUGGAUUUAGAGGUAAAAGGAGUGGCUGCCUCCAGGAGCCAGACUCAGCUAUUUUCUGGAAGAAAGAAUUCACUGCAACAAGGAUGGACUUCUAGAUCAUGGGCAAUCCAAAAUUCCUGCCUACCUAUGGUCCCACCACUUGAUCUGGGAAGCCUUGUUGACUCUGAUGAGGAGGAUAAUUUUUCACAAACACCACGUGGUACAGUCCAUGUUCAUCUUAACCCACCGCAGUCACAGCCUGCUGUGGACUGGGUUCUGCCAUGUCAAAGAGCUGACACUCAGCAUCGACUACAGGAAGUGGAACAGGACAUAAUACCUGAGGAUUUGCCAGCGCCAACAGGCAAAUAUAAGCUAAAGUACCAGCAGUAUGCAAGCGAAAUGAAAGACGGCUACCAACAGUACAUUCAGAGGAGUACAGGGAAGCCACAGGCAGCAAGUGGGCCCAAGGCAACCGAGAAGGUGGAAGGAGCCAGUCUGGAAGACCUCAUGACUUUGGACAGGAAAGCCCUCUUACAGCAAGGCUACGCAGAUAGCCCUUGCCGCAGACAGAGCCUCGCGAGGAGAUCACAUGUGGAGACGGUGGCUCUAGAGAAGAAGAAACAGACCGUUGCAGAGCAAAUGAUGAUAGACCACUUAUCCAGGGCUGUCAUCAGCGAUCCAGAACAAGAUUUAAACACCAAGAACCAAGAGAGUUCUCAUGUCCCUCCAGACUCAGAGAGGGCGCCACUUCGAGUCAGGAAACGAACUCUGCAUGAAACGAAGAUAAGAACCAACUCCGCAUUAACAGAGAAUGACCUUUCUCAGAAAGUAGAAUUCGAAGGGAGGGUCUUAACAAGAAAUGGACGCGACGCCUGCAGAGAACUGAUUGGGUUUUUCUUUACCCAUGACCGGUCCCUAACCGUGUAUGAAUAUCGAAUGUUUGGGAAAAACAGGUCAAGCGUGCUCCCUUUUAUUAAAAAAGACAUUUAUUACCAUCAGUGUGGACGAAGAAAAGGAAAGCAAUAUCAGCUUGGCGACAUCUAUACUGGUGCAACUUUGACAUUUUUGAGCUGUGAUCAACCUAGCCUUCCAAAGACCAUAAAAGAAAAUGCAUUGCUUAGACUUCGAAUUACAAAUAUUGAUCGAGUAGCUUUGAAUUCUCUUAAAGUGGCCUCUGUGGAACAAGGGGAAGAAGAUGCAGUCAGUCUGGAGGCUCGUGAUCAGCUGGUGCUACAGGCCAUUCAGGAUAAACUGAAAGAGCAACUGCACAAGAAGGGUGCUCGUAUUUUGACUGGAUUGGGAAAAUACUUCCAAGGUUUGGACAAGGAAGGGAAUGGGCUUUUAGAAAAGGCAGAUUUUCUGCGAGCUCUGAAAACCUUUCACUUGGAAGUGUCUGAACAGGACUUUGAGUCUUCCUGGCUAAUUCUGCAAGGAUAUGGCCAUAGUGAGAACAAGGUUGACUAUGGGGAAUUCAAACGUGCCAUUUUUGGUGAAAUGAAUGAAUAUAGGAAGUCAUUUGUUCGCAAGGCCUUCAUGAAACUGGAUUUUAACAAAACCGGCAUCGUGUCUGCUAUAGACAUAAGAAAGUGUUACUGCGCCAAGAAGCAUCCACGUGUGAUCUCAGGGCAUUCAACAGAGGAGGAAAUCAAAUCAUCUUUCCUAGAGACAUUAAAAGGUGUCUGCAGCAAGUACGACGAAGUUUCAUACAGUGAAUUUGAAGAUUACUAUGAAGGCCUAAGUAUAGGGGUAGCAGGCGAUGAAGACUUUAUCAACAUCUUAUGUACUCCGUGGGGAAUUUAGUUUUCAAUAACUGCACCUUCUCGCCAGCACCAAGUAUCUUACAGAUAAUAUGCAUUUUAUAUAAAAUAUGAAAAGCUUGUAAUAUAUUUUCUAAGAUUCUUUAUAAUUUGUUUUCAAAGUGGAGUCAGCAAAGGCCAAUUCGGAAAUAAAUGUGUGUUUUUGAGCACACAUGCAUGCUAUGUGCAUAUAAAGGCAGUUCUUUUUGCUCAUUCUUAUCUUAUACUUAUUAUAUAUCUUAUUUAUUAUACUUAUAAUUCUUACUCUUAUCAUAUAUCUUAUCCUACAAAGAUAAGAUGGUCCUUAUCUUAUCCUUAUACCUUAUACACCUUAUACUUCUUUUAGAAAAGUAGUUAAAAAGUUAGUCUUAGUAGAAAAGUAACGUUUUUAGUAAACUAUAUGAGGGCUUGUAUAUAGUGAUCAUUUUCGGUCCACUCUCAGUUUUCUUAUAACCUUUUUCUAGAAUAUAGUUGUUACCAUUCUCAAUUUAAUGACAUGGGAUUCAGACCAAGGCUGAAGUAGUGCAACUUGUUUGAAAAUAUUCAAUUAUCUGCAAAAGCAACGUUAAAUUCAGUAUGAUUAUGGGUGUUUUCUAUGCAUCAUAUUUUGAAUGGUUGGUGUUUACUCCUCAAUGUUUCUUUAAAGAGAAUUGUCAUUUAUUUUUGUCUUAAAUUAUAUACUGCUCUUUGUUCACUGGGAGAAUUACAUUGUAUUUUCUAUUUUAACUGUCAUAUUAUCUGCAUACAAAAUGUUUCUUAUGUGUAAAGAACAAAAUGCAGGAGCCUUGGAGUGUAGAAAUAUCCCCUUAGACUAUUAAAUGAAGAAUUCAAAGAUAAUUCAAUGAUUUUUGUACAAAAUGUAAAAGCAUCCUUUGUAUCACAAAAUAAAGAUGUGACAUUCUGAGUAACCCUUUUUGGUAUAAUAAACAACGAGAACAUUUUCUUC